AUGGUAGAUAAAGGCCCCUUGCUGACCUCUGCCAUCAUUUUUUACCUCUCCAUUGGAGCAGCAAUAUUUCAAGUCCUGGAGGAGCCCAACUGGAAGUUGGCUGCAGAGCAGUACAGGGAGCAGAAGGAUAAAAUACUUGAGGACUACCCCUGUCUGUCCAAAGAUGAGCUGGACAGAAUAUUGGAGAUGGUGUCCGAUGCUGCAGGCCAAGGGGUCACCAUAACGGGCAGAAAGACAUUUAACAACUGGAACUGGCCAAAUGCUGUCAUCUUCGCCGCCACAGUCAUCACUACAAUCGGAUAUGGAAACAUUUCACCAAAAACCUCAGCUGGCCGAGUAUUUUGCAUCUUCUAUGGGCUCUUUGGAGUGCCAUUAUGUUUUACCUGGAUCAGCGAACUAGGAAAGUUCUUUGGCGGCAGAGCCAAGCACCUGGGCCAGUAUUUAACCAAAAAAGGAGUUUCACUGAGGAAAGCUCAGUUUACCUGCACAGCCAUUUUUCUGCUCUGGGGUGUCCUGAUUCAUUUAGUUCUUCCACCUUUCGUGUUUAUGUCUCAGGAGGGCUGGACAUACAUUGAAGGCUUGUACUUCUCAUUUGUCACCUUGACCACAAUUGGUUUUGGGGACUUUGUUGCAGGUGUGGACCCAAAUACAGAGUAUCCUGCUCUAUAUCGAUACUUUGUCGAAGUAUGGAUUUACCUGGGAUUGGCUUGGCUUUCUUUGUUUUUCAACUGGAAAGUACGGAUGGUGAUCGAAGCCCACAAGGCCUUAAAGAAACGCCGCAAGCUUCGUAAGCUUUCGUAUGAAGAAAUGCAACACUACAAAGAGUCUCACAAAGCCGCCGAUCGUUUGCCACCUACUCCCAAUGACGUCAACAUCUUUAGCUUCUUGUCCAAAAAGAAAGACAGCUACAAUGACUUGAUAAAGCAGAUCGGAAACAAAAAGGAUAGUGGAACCAGUAACAGCACUGAAGAAAAUAAAUCAACCAAAGAGAUUGGUCGCUCUAAAAGUUGUAACGAUGCUCCAGUGUUUAAUGGUCACACCAUCCUCAGCUUGGACCGGUCACCACGCCAAAAAAGACGUUACAGUUUCAGUGACCGUGUCACGGUUGCCUUUUCAAAGUCUAAGAACUACCUGCUGGGUUCAGACAACGGUUUACUGCUCACAGAGGACCAUGUGGAGGGUGAUCCAGAACUGGACCAAGACCAAAUGUAUGAGAAUCAACUUGACAAGGACAUAGGCAUGGAGAGCGAAAGAGUUGGAGAUGGUGGAGCGGGAAAUCGAAGGACAUGGGACUCUAAAGAGUACCAUCCUCUGACAAUCCAUAAUGCUAACAUUACUUUUAUUGACGAGGAAAACUUUCUCAGCAUUAGCUUAGAGGAGCUGGAAGACAACAACGGCAACGACAACAAUGAUGAGGAGGGCGAUGACAAUUCUAAAGCAAAAAUCUCCAUUACUACAUGUGACGAAAACAUUGAAACCAACUCUAAAGAGGAUCAGAACUCUGAAUCUGAUGGGUCCGUUUUCACGAGUGACAGUUCAGGGCUCAGCCACUCCUAUGAGAAACUUGUAGAAGAAUAUGCAAAGGAAGACAAUACGGACUCAUGAGCCGUUAGGUCAAUGUAAAGUCCUGACAUUUCACUGGUCCCCUGUUGUUCACUUGUCCGGCACAGAAGUAUGCGUAGUCAAGCGUGAAUCAUUUGAAAGGAUAUCAAAGCUCUCGCCACGCUUUGAGAGUCUAAGUUGAGAUCAAUUUUGAAAUCAAUGAU